UAGAUUGCAGACACUCAUGAGGAUCAGUACUCAGGGUGUGAAGCCGUUGGUGCCGGGUGAAUAUCGAGGUAUGCUGCUUGGCAAAAAUACAUUUGUGGUUAAUGGAGCUUUGAAAUGCAUUGGUUUGAAUUUCGUAUAGAUACCCAAAGGAACAGAGACAAGCAAACAGAGGCAAUGGCCUUGUUCUAAAGCGGAAUAAAUCAUGCGACCAUCAGUCUUAGUCAACAGUCCUGUUUGCCACCUUCUUCUGAUGUUUUCCUUAACCCUCUUCUUAGCCCCUUUCUGUUUCGAUAGCCUCCUCUACUCUCCUCUCUUUUCCAGAAGCCUUCACCUGAGGCGGUUGAGCCGUGAGUUUCUGCUUCAGAACUUGCAGGCUGGAGCUGAUGCUUUAAUGUAUUUCCAACAGCGAAUAUUCCCAGGCCUUGAGAAUUCAAAUGACGCUUACAAUGUCUCCAUUCCCUGUACCUAUAAAGAAUCAAAAUCCCUACUCUCAUCACCCUCCCCUGAAAGCAUACAACUGGUCAUCACCAUUAUUACAACUCGUCGUCGGCCUGAAUACCAUUAUCUCCUACAAGUUGCACGUGGCUUUCUGGACCGGCUAUCAGAAUGUGGUAAUGACUGCUCCAGAUUUCAGAUUUUUAUUUGUAAUGUAGAUCCAUCUCCCUCUUACCAUACGGAUGCAUGCUUGCUCUCGAAAAUACUGCCCUCUGUGGAGCACUACCUACAUGAUGAACAGGAGGAUAGUUUCCCCAACCGAUUUGAGCGUGAGAAGCAGGAUUAUGCUUUUUGUCUUUCGCGUACUUUGGAUGCUUUUACACCAGACUAUGUCUUGCUUGUUGAGGAUGAUGCUGUACCACACACCGAUAUUUUCAGGGCUUUCUUCCAGUUGGUGCAAGUGAGAUUUACUAAUGCACCUCUGGGAGGUGGUCUCUAUGCCAAAUUCUACCACCCUGAAAGACUGCAAGGAUAUCUGAACCCAGAGCCCAUGCGGAUUUUAGAAUGGUUUGGUGUAGGCAUCCUUUCGGGGUUCCUUAUAAACUGGAUAUAUUGCAAUCUAUUUCAUAAGCAGAGAUUUAGCUGGCACCUAUUCUUGGCAUUUUCUGCUUACUCAAUGUUGCUGGCAGAGCUCAUUGGACGUCAUUAUCUUCUGGAGCUUAGACGUAUAUCACCUGCGUUUUAUAAUGUGGUGCCUGCAACAGAGUGCUGCACGCCUGCAAUGCUUUUUUCUGAAACCUCUGUCCGUAGAACUCUAGCAUACCUUGAGGAAAUCACAUGUGAAGCAGGAUAUGCUAAGGACACUGCACUGUAUAAAGAGCUGAGCAAACGAGGGGAGUGGGCAUGGGCUAUUGAGCCCAACAUGGUGACACACAUAGGAUUAUUCUCUACUCUCAGAGGAGCAUCUGAAGGAGAAGAACCACUGUUGCUGUAAUUAACAUAUGGUCUACACUGUUAACUCUGAACAUAGUUCGUUGGCAUUUGUGAA